CCGGAAGUGGCAGUGAGUGAAGUUAGUUUGACAUUGGUACUGACUGCUGGACCCAAACACGACUUUCUGUCAUAUCACUGCUGUUCACCUCAGACCUUACAUAUCACGUCUGGACUGGGCUGAUUCGAAAGCACAGCUAUGUGCAGCUGUGUGCGGAGCUCCAGGGCUCUGUCCCCUGUCCUGCUGCCCAGGCUGCUGCUUCCCCAGACGGGGUACCGACUGGCCGGCAGGAGCCUCUGGACCUCCCCCCUCUGUAUGGCUGUCAGUGGAGACUCCCAGCUGCUGCCACUGCCCAGUCAGGCCCGUGUGGUGAUCUGUGGAGGAGGCAUUGUGGGGACAUCGGUGGCCUACCAUCUGGCCAAACUGGGCUGGACUGAUAUAGUACUGCUGGAGCAGGGCAGACUCGGUGCAGGAACAACUAAACUGUGUGCUGGAAUUGUCAGUGUGGCCAAGCCUAUUUCCAUUGAGUGUCAAAUGGCAAACUACUCCAAUAGUCUUUACCAGCAGCUAGAGGAGGAGACUGGGGUCAAAACAGGUUAUGUGAAGACGGGGUCUCUGUGUCUGGCCCAAAAUCAGGAUCGCUUCAUCUCUCUGAAGCGCCUGGCAUCUCGACUAAAGGUAAUGGGGAUCAGCUGUAGCAUCAUUAAGCCUAAAGAGGUGGCCAAACUCCACCCUCUUGUUAACAUUCAUGACCUGGUGGGGGCACUCCAUCUGCCUGCAGAUGCUGUGGUGUCUCCACCUGAUCUUAACCACGCCCUGGCUGUGGCUGCAGCUGGAUAUGGGGUUCAAAUCCUGGAGCGAACCAGUGUUCAGCAGGUUCUGGUAGAGAAGGGUCAAGUGAUGGCGGUAGAGACUGACCGUGGCUCCAUCGAGUGUGAAUAUUUUGUCAACUGUGCUGGACAGUGGGCUUAUGAGCUGGGCCAGGCUAGUGAGAUGAAGGUGUCUGUUCCUCUUCAUGGCUGUGAACACUUCUACCUUCUUACCAAACCUCUCCAGGAGCCACUUCCACCCAGCACACCAGUGGUGAUUGAUAUGGAUGGCAGGAUAUAUGCACGGCCAUGGCAGGGAGGCCUUCUUUCAGGGGGCUUUGAGAAGAACCCCAAACCCAUCUUCACAGAGGGCCGCAACCAGCUGGAGAUCCAGAACAUGCAGGAGGACUGGGACCACUUUGAACCAAUGCUGAGUGCCUUGUUGAGGAGAAUGCCAGGUCUUGAGUCAGCUGAGAUCCAUCAGCUGGUCAACUGUCCGGAGUCCUUCACCCCUGAUAUGCGCUGCCUGAUGGGGGAGACGCCGGGUGUCUCUGGCUACUACGUGCUGGCAGGGAUGAACUCCUCCGGCUUGGCCUUUGCUGGAGGAGCUGGCAAAUACUUGGCAGAGUGGAUGACGUAUGGCUACCCCACUGCCAAUGUCUGGGCACUGGACAUCAAACGCUUUGGAAACCUGCAGAGCAGCCGAACCUUCCUGCGACACAGAGUAAUGGAAGUCAUGCCUCUGCUGUAUGAACUGAAGGUUCCUCGCUGGGACUUCCAGACCGGGCGUCAGCUGCGGACCAGCCCUCUGUAUGACCGUCUGGACACCCAGGGAGCUCGCUGGAUGGAGAAACAUGGUUUUGAAAGGCCCAAAUACUUUGUUCCUCCAGGGAAAGAUCUUCUGUCUCUGGACCAGAGUAAGACGUUCUACAAGCCGGACUGGUUUGACAUUGUUGGAGCAGAGGUCAAAUGCUGCAAAGAGGCCGUCUGUGUCAUUGAUAUGUCGUCCUUCACCAAGUUUGAACUGACUUCAACGAAGGACCAGGCCCUGGACCUGCUGCAACAUCUGUGUGCCAACGACCUCGAUGUUCCCGUUGGACAUAUUGUCCACACCGGCAUGCUGAAUGAGAGGGGAGGCUAUGAGAAUGACUGCAGCGUGGUCCGCCUCAGCAAGAACAGCUUCUUCAUCGUGUCUCCGUCAGACCAGCAGGUCCACUGUUGGUCCUGGAUAAAGAAACACAUGCCCAAUGACCCACACCUCCACCUAGAGGAUGUCAGCUGGAAGUACACUGCUUUAAAUCUGAUUGGACCUCGUGCAAUGGACGUUCUGGCUGAACUGUCGUAUGUUUCCAUGACACCUGACCACUUCCCCUCCAUGUUCUGUAAGGAGAUGAGUGUUGGCUAUGCCAACGGGAUCAGAGUGAUGAGUAUGACUCACACUGGCGAACCAGGUUUCAUGCUCUACAUACCUAUAGAGUAUGCUCUGCACGUGUACAACGAGGUCAUAUCAGUGGGUCAGAAGUACGGGAUUCGUAAUGCAGGGUACUACGCACUGCGCAGCCUACGCAUAGAGAAAUUCUUUGCCUUCUGGGGUCAGGACCUGGACACCUUCACCACCCCGCUGGAGUGUGGACGAGAGUUCAGGGUGAAGUUUGACAAGGACACAGAUUUCCUUGGUCGUGAGGCCUUGCUGCAGCAGCGUCAGGACGGUGUGUCUCGGCGGUUUGUCAUGCUUGUUCUGGAGGACCACGACACUGAACUGGACCUGUGGCCAUGGUGGGGCGAGCCCAUCUACUGUAACGGUCAGCUAGCCGGAACGACCACCAGCAGCGCUUACAGCUACACUCUGGAGCGCCACGUCUGCCUUGGCUUUGUAUCUCCGCCGCCUGGCCCAGAAGGGCUCCCCACACCCAUCACCCCGGACUUCAUCAACCGUGGGGACUACGAGGUGGACAUUGCUGGCCAGCGCUACCCAGCCAAAGCAAAACUCUACCCCUUCAGCUCCCUCUUCACCCAACAGAAACGCCGCAAGGAGGACAUUGAGCUCAGCAACCUCCAUGGGAAGUGAUGUGGAGUAAUGAAAGGCCUCUUCUUUGUCUCAGUAGGGGCUUCUGUGUGUCCUCCAGUUCACCAAAUUCACUCCUGCACUUGCCCCGCAGUGCCAACCUAUCGUCCCUUUUCUAGCUCCUAACCCGAGGGCUGUAUGCACAAUCACUCCUUAUCCCUCUAAUAUUUAACUUCCACGUUGCGUCUCCCUCUUUCAAAGUGCAAUAUUUAAGACUCACCAAAUGCUUGAGCUGAAACUAAAACGGAGCUCCUGUGUCAUCAGAUUCUGCAGUUUUCAGCCCUCACACUCAAACACAGUGCACUCCACACAGUCUCUGGUUUACUGGGACAGUCUGCGGUUAAGUGCCUUUGCCAAGGCAACAUCAACAAUAUGUGUUGAGGACUCUUUCACUUUGUUCACUUUAACCCAUCCAGAAGGGAUUUUGACCGUCAAAUCUCCUCCACUAGUGUUCCAGUCGCUGUAAUGUUUUGACGUUGCACAGUCUGGAAGAGUCUGAAAGAAAUGUCAUCCAAUGCUGAUGCCUACACAGUCAAUGUAGUUGUUGACUUCACCGUCAAACAAAUUGUAAAUUUGCUGCUGUAAAGAAUAUGAGUGAUGUGAUCUAAUUCAAAUACUUUACACUGUCCACUACAUUAUCCUUAACAAUGAAGGGCGAUUCCUUCAUUAAAUAUCCUUCUUGGACAGGGGAAAAAAGGCCUGGAAAAGCCAUGGCAAAAAAUCAGGAAGCCUGAUGAGUAAACUGUUGCUUUGUGUGCCGCCCAUUACUCUUCUUCCAGUCGUGUUGAAAAGGCUUCCCAGGCAAAAUGACCUUUUUUCUCUUGGUAAUGUCUUUAUCAUCAACUUUCAGCUGUUCUGGUGUUCUUCUGCUGUGUGUCGAGCUUGUGGUAACGUACUGACAGUAAUAUAAUCCGACCUGUUAUUUAUGUUUCGUUUUAAAGCAGCGUCGCUCUUCUGAUGAUUGAGUUUUGUUUUGCUGAUGUGUCGCUGAAUGUGUGGCUGUUGUUAGGUGGACUGCAGAUGAGGGAAGGCAAAAUGGGAAAGCUGCGACUGGAGCUGCUGUACUCCCAGAGUUCACAAUAUCUUAGGUCAGUGAGGAGAUUUUUGCCUGAUCCAGAGUUAUGAUGUUUGUGUAAAAGAAGAAGAAAUAAAGCGAUGUAUUUUUGUAUAGGUAGUGUGUAUAAAAUCUCUAUUUUCAGUACUGCGCAUUUUUUCUAGUAAAUCAGUUUAAGGUUCUAUCAGCUGUAUGAAUCAUCUAUAAAUGACUUCAUUGUUGCGGUUGUCCUUCUGAUUGUGCAUCAUUUCAGAUGCUUUUCCUGUCUUAUUGUGUAAAUGUAAAUAUAAUUUGUCAGCAGCAGCUUCAUGUUUACCUACAUGUACAUUUAUAUACGUCUUUAAAGUGACCUCUUCAGAGGUUGAAAGUCAACACUGUGUAUUUGUUGUUGUCAAAAGGCUCUGCACCAAACUGCAUGUUGACCAGCUGGGAACCUUAAAGCUAGCUCGACUGACUAAAUGAUCAAUUGAAACCCACGGCAGUCACUUACCUUCCUUCUUUAGGUGCACAGACAUCUAAAUAAGAGAUAAAGAAUAUAGAUAUGAUGUUGUCCCCUUGCUAUACUUUAAUUUAAUACUUUGCUGCUGAGUGGAGAUACAUAAUCUAGUAGGGUUUCCUGAUAUUGUCAUGUUCAAAUGAGUUUGUUUAAUAUUGAUUGCAGUCAGAGUUGUAGUACAUGGAUGCAGAUUUUUCCGGCAUUUAGAAAUGUUUAGUGACGCUUGAGGAGUAGAAAAGGCAAAAGGAUAGACAGCAGGGAACCCACUGCAGUAACUCCUGGUGUUUGACAGGCCUUUUUAUCACAGAUUUACUCCACACAUACACAUUUUUGAAUUAUGAUUUAUUUACAGUGUAUCUCCAACUUCUUGUCUAAACCUGUAAUUCCUAUGGUUGGAAAAUCCUUAUGAUGUCAAGAGCAGGGGAUUGUCAGCACCAGUUGAAUCUGUCUGAGGGCUGCUGAAGCACUUGUUCCUCAGUAAAAGGAGAAUAUUAAAGUAUUUACAAUUGCAAACAAAAGUUUGAUUAUUAAGGGCUAAUAUCUCUGUGUGUUAUGUUGUUAAUAUAAAAUGAAGCAUUUGCAUGUGAGAGCAGUGAAUCAUCACUUUGUAUCUCCUGGUACUGUAGUAGCAGUGGUACUCUCCUUUGGCUUUAUGUGAUAAACUUAAAGGGCCUCAUUUAUAAAAGAAGCUAACACAUUUUAGUCGUAUCAUUACUAAAGAUUCUUCUCAUAGCAGUAUUGUAUAAAUGAGGCCCCGUUAAUAAUUAAUGGUGUAGCUGUGAGCACAUCUCUGGAUUCUGUGUGAAGGUGACUGAAACAAACUCCUGUGUUGUGUGUUGACACUGAUCACUUGACCCCUUUGGGUCAUUUCAGCUUCCUUUUUCCCACCGCCCGACUAAAUUGUUGAGCGAAUGAGUGAAGGGGACUGGCCUUGUGAGUAUUUGCACUAAAUAGGGGCAUCCUGCUGUUUUGUUUCUUACUGUAUGUGGUCAUGUGGUUUCAGUGGUAUUCUAGGGAUUUGGAAUUUGAGAGUUUUCUUGUAUUUCAAAGGUUAAAGACAAUCUGAGGUGGUCUCUGGAAACACUAUAGCUGAAUAUCAAGCAUCAUCUAAAAGGUUGAAGGCAAAAUAAACAGUCAAUGGUAAAAGCUAAACAUCUGUGGAGAUGUUGAAAAGUCUAUUGAAUGAUUACUAAUGGGUGAGGUGGUGGUGUUUACUUCAAACACAGUGACACUCCACACUACUGGAUAGCGGUUCGGUGCAUGUUUGUCUCAUUUAAUGUUUCCAUUUUAACACUAUACUGAUCUGUAAAUGCCAGCUUUUUUUUUUCAGAGCUUUACAGUGUAUUAUAUCAUGUUAAACAGAUGUUUGGCUGUCUAAUGUACUUAAAGGUAAAAUAUAAAGAGAACUUUGUUCAUACAA